AUGUCCCCCCUGCAGCGUCCCCAACCUUGUCCUCCGGCCAAUGCCAGCAUCCGUCUUCUGGGUUCCGUUCCCUGCGAGCGUCGGGACGUACAGAGACGGAACCGGAGGGAAAUUCGAAAAUGUCAAAUAAAAUCACAUAGUAAAACAUUACUGUAUCAAACCAUUUCACAUACAUUUUGUCCCUAGUGCUUUGUCCUGUGCCCUGCCUGCAUUUUUACUGUUCUUUCUGCCUGGAAACUGAGAAAAGUCCAUGGCAUCCAAAAAGCGUCCCUUUAGGUUAAAAGCGGUUUUAGACCAGCUAGAGAACAGCAAAUAGUAAAUUAGAACCACUUGCAGAAUUGA